AAUGGUUAAACUUGAUUCUAAUCAAAUUAAUCUGAUUAAUUUACCGAAAAUCUAUCCAAAGAAUCGGUGUAAAUUGCGAAUGUUGAAAUUGGAUCGAAUCAAAGAUUGGUUAUUAAUGGAAGAAGAAUUUUUGAAGAGAUUGAAAAUCAAUCGGAAUAUUAAUCAAGAUGAAUUAAAGGUUAAUUUAGUUAACAAAUUACGAGGAUCCCCACUGAUUGUUGCUAAUUUACUUGAAUUCAUUGGCUCCGAUCAUGCAAUCAUCACCUUGGGUCUCAAUGACAUGGAAUGGCUCGUGCCCAUAUUAUCAAUUGUUAAUCGAAGUAAAUUGAAGCCUAAUUGUAACGUGUUAAUUAGUCUCCGGAAUUUCAGUGUCGUCGGUGUAAUUGAUGAUUUCUCAUCAAAAGCCGCUCUUGCAAUGAAAUUGACCAAAGCCCCACCAGAGACAUUUAAUGAUGUUGGUGGAAUGGAUGAGCAAAUUCAGGAAAUUAAGGAAGCAGUUGAAUUACCAUUAACUCAUCCCGAGUAUUUUGAAGCAAUUGGAAUCAAACCACCGAAAGGAGUGAUUUUGUAUGGCCCACCGGGAACAGGUAAAACAUUAUUAGCCAAAGCGGUGGCUAAUUCAACUGCCGCUUCGUUUUUAUAUGUUGUCGCUUCUGAACUGGUCAAGAAGCACAUUGGUGAAGGGGCGAAAUUGGUUCGAGAAAUGUUCAAAUUAGCGGCCGAAAACGCACCCGCCAUUAUUUUCAUCGAUGAAAUCGACGCUAUUGGAUCGAAAAGAGGUCAAAAUUCAGAAACUGGGGGAGAGCGAGAGGUCCAACGAACUCUAUUAGAACUUUUAAAUCAACUGGAUGGUUUUGACAAUCGAGGAGAAGUUCGAAUAAUUUUGGCAACAAAUUUAAUCGACCGUCUUGAUCCAGCACUAAUCAGACCUGGAAGAAUCGAUCGUAAAAUAGAGAUACCAUUACCUAAUCACGAAGGUCGAAAGAAAAUCUUUGAAAUUCAUUCACAAAAUAUGACGAAAGCCGAAGUGAUCAAUGUGGAUGCAAUUCUGGAGGGAAACGAAUUAAGUGGCGCUGAUAUAAAAUCGGUCUGUAUUGAGGCGGGUUAUCAAGCGUUGAGGGAUCGACGUCGAGGUGUAACUAAUCGUGACUUUUUAAAGGCCAAGGACAAGGUCAUUGGGAAUCGUAAUGUUGCCGCUGUCAAGGAAAACAAAUACUUAUCUUGA